CAUCAGGUCCCCCUCCUGCCGGGAGGUGCGGAGCUGCGCCUGCGCGCGGGAUCCCGGGGGCGGGACCACCCCCAGCGGCAGCGCCGAAGGUGCGCGCUGGGCUGGGUCCGAGAGUGCGGGAAGCGGAGCCCAGGAAACCCUGCUGUUCCAACCCGAUGUUCUUACACAAAGCACUUCUCCCCCAGCCGGCACAAAUCCGAGUGACCGCUCUCCUUCCCCGCAGUUUGGAGACCCCGACACACCCACUUUCCCAUCUGGGCUGCUUUGGCCCUAGCCACCCGGCAAGAUGAAGCCGAAGCUAGUGUACCAGGAGCUGAAGGUACCCGUGGAGGAAACGGUGGAAAUGCAUCUGAAUGAGAUUGAGGCCUGGAAGGCUGCAGAGAAGAAAGCACGCUGGGUCCUGCUGGUCCUCGUCGUCGCAGUGGUGGGCUUGGGGGCCCUGAUGACUCAGCUCUUCCUAUGGGAAUAUGGAGACUUGCAUCUCUUCGGGCCGUACCAGCGCCCAUCCCCCUGCUAUGACCCAUGCGAAGCCGUGUUGGUGGAGAGUAUCCCUGAGGGCCUGGACUUCCCCAACGCCUCCACCAGCAACCCCUCCACCAGCCAGGCCUGGCUGGGCCUGCUCGCCAGCGCCCAAAGCAGCGUGGACAUCGCCUCCUUCUACUGGACGCUGACCAACAAUGACACCCAUACCCAGGAGCCCUCUGCCCAGCAGGGCGAAGAGAUCCUGCAGCAGCUGCAGAGCCUGGGCCCUCGGGGUGUGCAAGUCCGGGUUGCCGUGAGCAAGCCCAACGGGCCCCAGCCACAGGCUGACCUGCAGACCCUGCUGCAGAGCGGUGCUCAGGUCCGCAUGGUAGACAUGCAGAAGCUGACCCGUGGCGUCCUGCACACCAAGUUCUGGGUGGUGGACCAGACCCACUUCUACAUCGGCAGCGCUAACAUGGACUGGCGCUCCCUGACCCAGGUCAAGGAGCUGGGCGUGGUCAUGUACAACUGCAGCUGCCUGGCCCAGGACCUGAGCAAGAUCUUCGAGGCCUACUGGUACCUGGGCCAGGAGGGCAGCUCCAUCCCGUCCCCCUGGCCCCGGCCCUAUGACACCCGCUACAAUCAGGAGUCGCCCAUGGAGAUCUGCCUCAAUGGAACCCCUGCGCUGGCAUACCUGGCAAGCGCACCCCCUCCUCUGUGUCCCAGUGGCCGCACCCCGGACCUGAAGGCCCUGCUCAACGUGGUGGACAGCGCCCGGAGCUUCAUCUACAUCGCCGUCAUGAACUACCUGCCCACCAUGGAGUUCUCCCGCCCGCACAGGUUCUGGCCCGCCAUUGACGAUGGGCUGCGCCGGGCCACCUACGAGCGGGGCAUCAAGGUGCGCCUGCUGGUCAGUUGCUGGGGCCACUCGGAGCCAUCCAUGAGGCCCUUCCUGGCCUCCCUGGCUGCCCUGCGGGACAACCAUACUCAUGCUGACAUCCAGGUGAAACUCUUUGUGGUUCCUGCGGACGAGGCCCAGGCCCGGAUCCCCUACGCCCGCGUCAACCACAACAAGUACAUGGUGACCGAGCGCACCGCCUACAUCGGAACCUCCAACUGGUCUGGCAGCUACUUCACCGAGACGGCGGGCACCUCGCUGCUGGUGACGCAGAACGGACAGGGCGGGCUGCGGAGCCAGCUGGAGGCCACCUUCCUGAGGGACUGGGACUCUCCCUACAGCCACGACCUGGACGCCCCAGCCAACGCUGUGGGCAACACCUGUCGCCUGCUCUGAGACCAUCCCGCGCUCUCCCCAGCCCUGGGCCUCACCCCACCUCCUGCCCACACCCCGCUGCUGUCUGCCCCUGGUGGUCCCCCUGACCUCCCCGCCCCGCUCUCCCGCUCCCGUGCCUCUACCUCCGGCCCUAUGCCCCACGUUGUGGCUCUCAGACCCAGCUGAGCUGGGAGACGGAGCAGCCCCCAAAGAAGUGGGGGUGCUUGCUGGGCCCAGCCCCCUGACCCACCCCCGAUUCCAGGGCUAAGCGAGCCCAGUUCUGUUCAGAAGUAAAAUACUUGUGUCUACA